AUGUUAUACGAACUAUACUUCGAUUAUGAAAUUUUUCAUCUUCAAUUGAAAAUAUGUGCACGAUUUUUUUUGUAUCUUUUACAACGCUGUGCGUGUUGUCGAUGUUCUGACUCAAAUAUUAAAUCAACUCGUGCAAAACCGUCCGCCUGGUUAUGUGAAGUCCAUGUGAACGAUGAAAUCGAUGAUGAUCAAUCGCCAGAUGCUGAAAGUUAUAUUAUGAAAUUUUUCAAAUGGAUUCGACAUACCAUUACGGAAGAUGACAUUCAAUCGCUAAUAAUCACCGAGAGAAAUUACAAGAAACAUCAUCGAGAGAUGGAAAAGCAGAAAGACAAAGAAGAUAAUGAUUGA